UCAAAUCAUCAAGAAACUCUAAAUACCACUGUAGUAUCCAAUGGGUUUGAAGAAGAAAUUAAUUUAAAAGAAAAUGAUGAACCUAUAACAACUACAUUAAAUGACAUUAAUACUGUACAAGAAGAAGUUAAAUCAAAAGAUACUAUUAAUGAAAAGAAUAAUGAAAAUGUUGAAAAUGGAUUUAUAAAAAUUUCUUUAUCUGAAACUACUAAAGUAGGAGAAGGAAUGAGUUCCUAUGUAGCAUAUCGUGUUGUUACACGUACAAAUAUGUCAAUGUUUAAAAAUACUAAUAUGGCUGUUUUAAGAAGAUUUAGUGACUUUCUUGGCUUACACAACAAACUGACUGAAAAGUAUUUAAGAAAUGGACGGCUUAUACCACCUGCACCUCAAAAAAAUAUGUUAGGUACUACUAGAAUAAAAAUAUCUGGCAAUCAAUCAGAUCAAGCUACUUCAGCUGAAUUUAUAGAAAAAAGACGUUUAGCUUUAGAGAGAUUUUUAAAAAGAAUUGCAUUACAUCCUGUCUUACGAAAUGAUAAAAGUUUUCGUGAUUUUUUAGAACAAGAUUGUGAACUUCCUAAAGCUACCAAUACAUCUGCUCUAAGCAGUGCAGGUGUAAUGAGACUUUUUAAUA